GGCGUGGGCGGGGCUUCAGCGCGCAGCCCCGAGGCCACGCCCCCGCUCGAUUGCUCCUGUCUGGCGUCGGCAGCAUGGCGGCGGGGGCGGCCGAGGUGGCGGAGGUCGGUUCCGCCGGGCAGUUCGAAGAGCUGCUGCGCCUCGGAGCCAAGUCCCUCGUUGUGGUCCAUUUCUGGGCACCCUGGGCUCCUCAAUGCACUCAGAUGAAUGGCGUGAUGGCAGAGUUAGCUAAAGAGCACCCCCAGGUGUCCUUUGUGAAGUUGGAAGCUGAAGCUGUUCCUGAAGUCUCUGAAAAAUAUGAAAUUAGUUCUGUUCCCACCUUUCUGUUUUUCAAGAAUUCUCAGAAAAUUGACCGAUUAGAUGGUGCGCAUGCCCCAGAGUUGACCAAAAAGGUUCAGCGACAUGCAUCUAGCAGCUCCUUCGCACCCAGUGGUACUGAGCAUCCCAAAGAAGAUCUCAACCUGCGCUUGAAGAAGUUAACUCACGCUGCCCCAUGCAUGCUGUUCAUGAAGGGAACACCUCAGGAGCCGCGCUGUGGUUUCAGCAAGCAGAUGGUGGAAAUUCUUAAUAAACAUAAUAUUCAGUUUAGCAGUUUUGAUAUCUUCUCAGAUGAAGAAGUUCGUCAGGGCCUCAAAACCUAUUCCAAUUGGCCCACCUAUCCCCAGCUCUAUGUUUCUGGAGAGCUCAUAGGAGGACUCGACAUAAUUAAGGAACUAGAAGCAUCUGAAGAACUAGAUACAAUUUGCCCCAAAGCUCCCAAAUUAGAGGAAAGGCUCAAAGUACUGACAAAUAAAGCUUCUGUGAUGCUCUUUAUGAAAGGAAGCAAACAGGAAGCAAAAUGUGGAUUCAGCAAGCAAAUUCUGGAAAUACUAAAUAGUAUUGGUGUUGAAUAUGAGACAUUUGAUAUAUUGGAGGAUGAAGAAGUUCGGCAAGGAUUGAAAACCUACUCAAAUUGGCCGACAUACCCUCAGCUCUACGUGAGAGGGGAGCUUGUCGGAGGCCUGGAUAUUGUUAAGGAACUGAAAGAAAACGGUGAAUUGCUGCCUAUACUGAAAGGAGAAAAUUAAUGAAUAUUGAACUAGGUGCCCAGCGAUCGCAAGAGAUACUCACCUACAGCGGAGCAGUUCGUGGCUCAGUCCUCCCGAGGGGGCUGGGAGGGGCAGGUGCUUCUACCGGUUAUGCUUUGUGUCUUUCACAAGGUUGUGCUAAAUAUGUGUAUGUUUUGUUUUUUUCACCAAAAAUUGAUGACAAACAUCUUUAAAUUCAAUUAAAAAUAGUUGUGUAAAAAAAA